GAGAGCACCACGUUCUGCGUUUUCCUGAAACACAGCAAGCUUGAAAAGCAUAGGAGUAGCUCGAAAAAGUAGCCUUAAAAAUUAUUAUAAAAAGUGUAAGAUUAUUAACAAGCGAAAAUUUUUGAACAAUUCCAUAACACAAUUUUUACGCAAAGCUUGCAAUUGACCAACACCUGCGGUAAUCAGUAAAAUAACCACCAACAAUAACUGCAACAAAAUGGUUAAAGAACUGGGAUAUUAUGACCUCCUUGGCGUUAAGCCAAACGCCACAGGCGAAGAACUGAAGAAAGCAUAUAGAAAAUUGGCACUGAAGUACCAUCCUGAUAAGAACCCCAAUGAAGGGGAGAAGUUCAAAGCCAUUUCGCAAGCUUAUGAGGUUUUGUCCGAUCCGGAGAAACGUCAAAUAUACGAUGAAGGUGGUGAGGCAGCCAUUAAAAAGGGAGGUGCAGACUCGGGCGAUUUCCGCAAUCCCAUGGACUUCUUUGAGAAAUUUUUUGGAACCGGAUUUGGUGGCGGCGGCGGCGGUGGACGUCGUCGUGAACGACGAGGCAAGGAUGUGGUGCACCAAAUUUCAGUGCAACUGGAGGAGCUCUAUAAUGGAGCCACGCGCAAGCUUCAACUUCAGAAGAAUGUGAUUUGUGACAAGUGCGAGGGACGCGGCGGCAAGAAGGGCAGCAUUGAGAAGUGUGUGCAGUGCCGUGGUAAUGGUGUCGAGACCCGAGUGCAACAGAUUGCACCCGGAAUCGUACAACACAUCGAGCAGGUGUGCCGGAAAUGUGUUGGCACCGGUGAGACCAUACAAGAGAAGGACCGUUGCAAGAACUGCAAUGGACGUAAGACAGUUAGGGAACGAAAGGUGCUCGAGGUGCACAUUGAAAAGGGUAUGCGAGAUGGACAGAAAAUUGUAUUCACAGGCGAGGGUGACCAUGAGCCUGAAUCUCAACCGGGUGAUAUCAUAAUACUGUUGGACGAAAAAGAACACUCAACAUUCGUGCACGCCGGCACGGAUCUUAUGAUGAAGAUGCCGUUGCAGUUGUCGGAAGCGUUAUGCGGCUUCCAGCGCAUCAUCAAGACUUUGGAUGAUCGCGACCUUUUGGUUUCAACUCAGCCCGGCGAAGUUAUACGGCAUGAGAUGACUAAGUGCAUUUCGGAAGAGGGCAUGCCUAUUUAUAAGAACCCGCUGGAAAAGGGUACACUUAUUAUACAGUUCGAAGUUAUCUUCCCAGAGGCAAUUAACCCAUCAGUUAUACCAGCACUGAAGCAGUGCCUGCCACCGGCACCGGAGGUUGACAUUCCAAUUGACGCCGAACAAACAGUUUUGGAGGACUUCGAUCCCAAGCAGCGACGCCAGCAACAUCAGCGCAUGGCAUAUGAGGAGGACGAUGCUGGCUACCAAGAUGGUCCGCGUGUCCAACAGUGCACCUCAAGCUAAGCGGCUAUAUGUUUAAUUAAUAGAUUAACCUACACGAAGCGAGUUAAGGCGCCUGCUCGCUGAACAUAAUAUUGUAACCGAAAACUUGAUAAACUGUAACUAACUUGCUGCUGCCGCCUGGGCACAUCAUCCAUAAAAAAAUAAGUAUACCCAGCACCGUAUGGCAUACGACACUGCAUCCGUCAAUCCACCCCCCACUAUACAAUUUCAAGAACUUUAAGAAACUAAAUAUAUUCAGCUUAGGGUAGAUUCUAUUCUACCUUUAUAUAACUAGGAGAUAUGCAAACUACAUAGGUAUAUAACAUUCUCAAUAUCAACCUCAUUUUUUGAACGCCUGGCUUCAAAAUUCCAUACGUUGUUUUGUUUUGAUUAAUUUUCUGAGUUGUGUUGGAUUGACCCAGACCUGCACUGCAAAACAGUCGCUACUAGAGUAAAUCGAACAGAGUUCGCGCAAGUUCGCGUCUAGACACAAGUUUAAGUUAUUUAAUUCCAUAAUAUAAAAUUUCAACUCAAAAA